AUGUCAAACAUAUUCUCCAAUCUCAGCCUUGAUCUUGACUUAGACAUAGACGAUACCAGCUCAACUCUAUCUGCUCCUCCAUCUUCUCUUUCCUCGGUCCACACUCCUUCUACUAUUUUUGCAUCCCCUUCACAAUCACCACACCGUGAACAAUGUCAUUUCGAACAGGUACCACGGAUCAACGCAGCUACUUUGACAAACGAGGAAAUCGUACGUAGAGUACAUGAGACUUGUGUUAUAAACGGAAUACCUUUGGUUGUAGAGAAUUGGCAUAAAAGAAAGGAAUGGCGAAAAGAUAUAUUUUCGUUAGACUGGUUGAGAGAAAAUGUCGCUCAUAUGGCAAUCGAAGCCCGCGACAUACUCUCAAGUACAGACCAGGCCAUGUUCUUGGGCGAAUAUCUUGACUAUGUGCAGAAAUUUUACACUCAUCCCUCGGAUCGAUUGCGGGGUUUAUUAUACGGAAAAGACAUAAUAUGCCCUAAAGAAUGGUCUAAUCUUGUCAAUUGCAUUCUUCCGGAAUAUUUCCGAUACAAUGGCAAAAAUGACAUGAUGGCGUAUAUUCCAACAAAGCUCAGAGCAAAAAAUCUGAUGAUGUACGUGGGCGUCGAAGGAACAAGAACACCGGCCCAUAAAGACAUGUGCGCUGCAUUUGGGCAUAAUCUCAUGGUUCAUGCUGAAGAGGGAGCAUCGGCAACGUGGUAUCUGGUUGGAAGAGGUGAUAAAGACAAAGUAGCCCAUUUCUUUGCUUUACACGGACAAAAUAUCGAUUUGGAAAAAUAUUUUAUUCCAGAAAGCGCACUCAUAGAAGCCAACUUCACCGUCUACAAGACAGAACAACGCGUUGGCGAUUUUGUAUUGGUGCCAUCUAAUUCGUGUCAUCAGGUCGUUAAUAAUGGCAAAUGUUCUGUGAAAGUGUCGUGGAAUAGAGUUAUAGCUCAGACAGCAAAAGAAGCAAUAGAAAAUGCAAUACCUAAUUAUCAACAUGUCUGUCGCCCAGAAACAUAUCGUGUGCGAACGGUAAUCCGUCAUACUGUAGAAUAUUGGUCUAACCUUGCCUGGAAAUUAUAUCGGUGCAAAUACCGCGGGAGACAGUUGGGGUUUGACCAUACGUUCGGAGUGCGUGACUUUCAAUAUGAAUAUGAGAUCGUACUUGACUUAUUUAAGAGGAUAUGUGAAGACGAAUUUAUAAGGCAUGAGGAUUGGAAUGGAACAGUAGAGAUUAAAAAGGCCGAAUGUGAUGCAACAUUUGUAUGCGACUUUUGCCAGUGUGACAUAUUCAAUCGGUUUUUCAUUUGUACUUAUUGUACAGCUCGCCGUUCAGAGGAUUACGUCAUAUGUAUGGAAUGCUAUCUUAAUGGCAGAAAUUGCAGGCAUGUUAUGGAAUUAUGCGAGAAGGUGUCAAUGCGAGUGCUGAUCGACAUCUACAAAGAGGGAAAGUUGGGAUAUGAAGUGUAUUGGGGAAAGAAGGAAGUUGUGACUGAACUGGAUCAUAACAAAGAUUCGAUCUGUACGCUAGCUUAUAGAAGAUGGAGUCAAUACCAAAACGAUGGCCAUGCACCCACGUUCCCAGUUCCAUUCCCUCCAAUCCAAUAUUACAUACGUCCAAUAUUACCAUCUGUAAAACAAAAAAAAGUCAGACGUAAAAAACCGAAUCGUCCCAAAGUCUCUAAGAAGUUAACCCGACCUGCCAUUGAGAAGCCACCUUGCGCAUGUUCCCGUUGUCGCCGUAUGAAACGACGAUGUGAUAGGGCAACCCCUUGUGGUGCGUGCGUAAAAGCAAAAACUGAGCGAUUUUGUGAUGUCGGAGGAUCGGUAGGAUUCAAAAAAGAAGUUAAAGACGAUGAGAUGGGUGGACAAUCAGAGACGAGGGUAGAAAGCGUAUUAGUAGAGAGGGAAGAGGAGGGUAAAGGAAGGUUAUUAGAAAGAAGUGUAGAGAGUGUAUUGGUUAACAUAGAAGAGGGAUCUGGGGAAAGGCCAUUAGAAAGAAGGGUAGAGAGUGUAUUGGUUGACAUUGAGGAAAGGCCAUCUGAAAGAAGGGUAGAGAAUGUGUUGGUGAAUGUGGAAGAGGAUUAUGGGAAAAUGGAAUUAGAAAAUAAGAUAGAGAAUGUAUUAAUGAAUGUGGAGCAAAUGGGAUUAGAGAGAAGAGUGGAGAAUGUCCUAGUGAAUGUGGAAGAGAGGUAUGAGGGAAUACAAUUAGAAAGCAGGGCAGAGAAUAUGCUGCUGCAAAUGGAGCAGGAUGGGGGAAGACAGUUAGAAAGAAGGGCAGAGAACGUGUUAAUGAAUGUAGAAGAGGGGGAAUUCGAGACAAGAGAAGAAGAGGAAAGUAUAGGAUGGAGUGAAAGUAGAGAUAGCUUGUUUAGUGAUGAUUCGAUGGAGUUUUAUGAAGGAAGUUUAAGCUACGAAGCAUCAGCUGAUGAGAUAUCGGAUACAGUAGAAACAUGA